AUGCAACAUUUUAGGAAGGGUAAACCACCCAUAAGUUCCUUGGAAGAAAACCUUUGUACUCAUUACAACUUGAUCGGUUCUUGUUUCAUUGAUCAAAAUUACCGAGUGGUCUUACCCAGUACUAUUGGUAUUACUGAAAUUAAGAAAACUCUAAUGCGUCAGAAACUAAAACCAAAAUUAUUAAUCACUUUAGCUCCUGAUAAUGUUCGCAUGUCAUAUCUCGUAAUUAAAAUACCGUACUGUCGAGAAGAGGAAUAUCGAUGGCAAAGUAUAGCCAUGACUUCAGUUAAAAACGAAACUUUACGAGCAAAGUUAAUAGAAGACGUGCAGAGGUAUUUGCUAAUCAAUGAAGUGGACGGUUUCGAUAUUGACUGGGAGUUCCCAGUGUGGAGUUGGAAUGCGCAACCAACAGAUCGAAAAGGGCUAUCAGAUCUUGUCAGAGAACUUCGACAAAGUUUUGAUGAAGCUAAAUCUGAUUUAUUGCUAACUGCAGCAGUAGGCGCUCAAUAUGCAAUUGUCGAUAAGGCUUAUGAUGUCGAAGUUUUAAAUAAGUAUUUAGAUUAUGUUCAAAUUAUGAAUUACGACUACCAUAUGUACUCCAAAGUACAACCUGUUACAGGUUUCAAUGCGCCACUUUUUCCAAAGCUAUUUGAAUUUGGCAUACUAGGCAAAAUGAAUUCGGAUUAUUCAACUCGAUAUUGGCUUAAAAAAGGUCUUUGGACAAACAAAACUGUAUUUGGCAUGCCGACUUAUGGACGUGGAUAUACACUUCUCAGCAAAUAUCUUCAUUUUCUCUAUGCUCCAGCAGUGGGUGAUGCAACAAUUGGCGCCACAUAUUCAUAUGUCUGUAAUUUAACAAAAACGAAAGAAUACAACUAUGUAUUUGAUACUAAUACGAGAUCGGCGUAUAUCUAUGGUGGUGAUCGACAAUGGCUCGGUUUAGAAGAUCCGAUAACGAUGUUUUCUAAAGCAAAAUAUAUCAGAAUGCUUAAUUUAGCGGGUAUGAUGAUAUAUGAUCUAUCAUCAGAUGAUUACAAGGGUGAUUGUAAACGAGGAUCAUAUCCAUUGAUAAAAGCAGCGAAAAUUGCAUUAAUCGAGAAAAAAGUUAAAACCAAAAGUAAAAAACGUAAUUAG